CGCACACAAGUGGUCUGUCUGCGAGUCAUUCAGUCUAUCAUCACUCACUCCAUAGCGCUCUGAUGGUCAGUCACCUCACCCGUGCCUGUUGAGCAGCUUGGUGAACUGGUCAAACAGAUCCUUGUUAGACUCACCUGCACACACACACACACACACAGAGGCAGAAGACCGUCAUGCACAGCGGACGGACGGACGCUCACCAAAGAGCUGCUCGGCAGUCGCGAGGGUCUCUUCCCUGGAGCAAGGAACACAACACAACACAUCACGAUAGAUGUGUCCGUCAGUCCGUCCAUUGGGCUGAUGGGCUCAAGACACAUGCCCACACCCACACCCCAGGGCACCGCACCCACCGUGUCUGUGUGUGGUUGUUGAGCCGUUUGAUAGCCGUGAGGAACUGGUUGAAGUGCUCAUAGGUCAUGCGGGCGCGCGCAUCCCUGGUCAGUCAGUACAGGCAACAACACACACACCUAUCAACCAACACCAAAUGUACCAGAUAGGUGCGUCGACGACCUGAAGAACUGUUUGCCGUCGACGAGGGAGCCGCCGCCAGUGGCAGCGCCCAGGAAGCUGAUCGAUUUUGGACAGAAGCGAUGGAAUAUGGCUGUUCUCUCUCGUGUGUGUGGGUGGGGUGGGGGGGGGUCUUACUCGCCGCCCGCCCCCUCGGUCCUCAGCUGAGCCCCCGCUGAGUGCACACCCACACACACCCACACACACAGAUACAGGUGGACGGACGGCUGGUUGGAUCUGAUUGAUGCGCAUGUCUGUCUGGUGUGCGUGUAGUGUGUGUGUAGGUCACGUACGCUGUGCGGGCGAUGACUUGCUCAUCUCCACGCUACUGAUUGCAAUCAACACAACAGACAGACAGACAGACAGACAGAGGGAAUCUUUGACAGGCAGGCAGGCAGGUUGCCAUCCCUCCACCACUCCCUCCCUCCCUCCCUCCCUCGCCGCACGGACCGUGUGCCCUCGCCCCCUCCACGCAUCUCUGCACGGCACACAGAGAAACAAGACAACAAGAGACAGACAGACAUACACACACACAGCACAGUGUGUAUCCACCGACGCACUCUUUGCACGUCAUCCGGCCGACGGAUGGCGAGUUGUGUCCAGUGCUGUCUGUCUGUCUGUCCGGCCCACCCCACCCCACUCACCGCUCAUGGUGAGUGGCGCGGCCAUGUCCAGAUGGUGGUCCUCACCAUAGUACUCCUGCACAAUCACAAUCACAAUCACAAUCACAAUCACACGUGUGAGGAUGAGAUAGAUAACUGAUGUGACGGUUGGGUUGAGUUGACAAGUCGGGAGAAGGGUCGGUCUGUGUCGUGUCGUGUCGUCUUUCUUGCCUUGCUGAGUAUGGCCUCAGUCUGUAUGGUGUUGUCAUCCUGCAGCGACGUCAGCACGGCCUUGCGCAGACUCUCAAGACGCUGGAUGUCACGGUGCAACUACAACAUAACACAACACAACCACACAUCAACAGGCACACACACCAACAGGCACACACACGCGGCCGCACACACACGUAUGGUUGGAUGCACUGCAGUGCAUUGGAUACCGACCGCACCUUCUUGAUGGUGGCGACAAGGUGUUUGUUCUCCUCGGUCAUGGCGUCGCACCGCUGCCUGGUCUCCAGCAGCUCCACCUCCAGCAUGCUGUUCUUCUUCUGCAACGCACUGAUCUGAACCACACACACACACACACACACACACACACAGCGCAGCCCAGCCACAUGAAGUGACGAUUGAUUCGUGAAGGUGGGUGGGAUGGGGUGGCCACCCCUAGCUGACCGCGCCGGCCUUCUCGUCGACGAGUCCCUUGAGGUUCCUGAGUUCGUUGUCCAGGUUCUGCACCCGGCUCUUGUACGCAUUCGAUAUGAUGCGGAAACCCAAAGCCAGCUGCUCUGCGCACGCACACACACACGCACACACGCACACACACAUACCAAGACACAGUAUACUUGCCACCAUUUUAAUUGCCGUGCGGCAGCGGUGCUGUGCCCUCGCUGACCUUCGGGGUCUGCCGGCAGCAUGUUCAUCACAUCCCGGUUCUGCGCAGCCAUCCUGUCUGCCUGAGGCUCCCUCUCUCUCCUUCCCUCUACGGGCGCAUGCGACAGAGCUCUGCCCCUCAGACGACAGACACCAGAACGACAGCAG